AUGAGAUUUGGUUUUAUGAUAAAACUUGUAUCAGCACUAAUGCUUGUGAAUUCACAAACUUCUUUAAAGAGUAGUGAACCAGUUGUUGGCUGGUGCGAUCCUUACGAGACAUUCUGCCUGUUCUCACCUGGGUCCAACUUAUUCGUUUCCAACCUCUUGCAGGCCCAACAAAUUUGUACUGCAAGCAAGGAGAACAGCUGGCCUCUGGAGAUACAUCAUCCUAGCGUUUCAAACGCUCUUGAUCAACUUUUAAAUAAUUUACAUCUUUCAGGCAGCAGUUUUGCUUUCGUUUUGAACGCUGAAAUGGAUGGUAAAAAAUGGAAAUGGAUAAACAACAAUUCAACUAUUAGAGACAAAAAUUGUAACGUCAGUCAAAUAAUGGGAUUUCAAAAUAACUCAAUCACGUGUUUCGACGCAGAUGAUGCAAAAUUUCAGUUAAUCUGCGUGGCAGAUUGUUUUUCUUCAUGGGAAGUCUACAACCGCACGGGCAUGGACCAUGCUACCAACAGUCCAAUCACAACAAUAGACGAAUGCAAGAGCUAUUGUGAAAGAGACAGAACCAAUGAAUGCGUGGCUGUCGAGUGGAAUAUUAAUAUGUCAUUUAAUUCAAGAUGUUGGUUUCAUCAAAACAAAUCUGGAAACAUCAGUUUCAACUUUAUAGUAAAAAAUGAUGCUACUAUGUACAUAAUAAAUAGAACAAUUAAAUCUGUUGAUGUUUGUCUGAAUGACUUCAAGACAUAUGUCCCAAGCAUAUAUUCAUCUGUUGGAAACAUAGCGAGUAGGUUUAUUUGA